AGUGAAGCAAUAAUUCCAAACAAAGAUAUCAAUGCCAUGAAACGGAGAUAUUGUGAUGUGAGAUUUCGUAAUCACGAGUCGUUCUCCCAAACGUUUGACAACAUCGACACAAACGUACCCUCUGGUUUUGCUAAAAAUGCCACUGCACCACUUAUGGAAAAAAACUGGAACCCAAGGAAAAAGUAG